GCACCCGCACGCCGGCCGUCGGUCACGUGGCGUCUGUCCAGGGCUUGCGAAGCCGGAAGUGGCCUGAGCCGCAGGGAGGCCGCGGGAGCCCGCUGGUGGUGGACUGGCGGAGACCAGACAAGUGUAACAGGAGGAUCGCCUGACCACGCCAAGAUGCAGAGCACUUCUAAUCAUCUGUGGCUUUUAUCUGAUGUUUUAGGCCAAGGAGCUACUGCAAAUGUCUUUCGUGGAAGACAUAAGAAAACUGGUGACUUAUUUGCUAUCAAAGUAUUUAAUAACAUAAGCUUCCUUCGUCCAGUGGAUGUUCAAAUGAGAGAAUUUGAAGUGUUAAAAAAACUGAAUCACAAAAACAUUGUCAAAUUAUUUGCUAUUGAAGAAGAGACAACAACAAGACAUAAAGUACUUAUUAUGGAAUUUUGCCCAUGUGGGAGUUUAUACACUGUUUUAGAAGAACCAUCUAAUGCCUAUGGACUACCAGAGUCUGAGUUUCUAAUUGUUUUGCGAGAUGUGGUGGGUGGAAUGAAUCAUCUCCGAGAGAAUGGCAUAGUUCACCGUGAUAUCAAGCCAGGAAAUAUCAUGCGUGUGAUAGGGGAAGACGGACAGUCUGUGUACAAACUCACAGAUUUUGGUGCAGCUAGAGAAUUAGAAGAUGAUGAGCAGUUUGUUUCUCUGUAUGGCACAGAAGAAUAUUUGCAUCCUGAUAUGUAUGAGAGAGCGGUGCUAAGAAAAGAUCAUCAGAAGAAAUACGGAGCAACUGUGGAUCUUUGGAGCAUUGGGGUAACAUUUUACCAUGCAGCUACUGGAUCACUGCCAUUUAGACCAUUUGAAGGGCCACGUAGGAAUAAGGAAGUGAUGUAUAAAAUAAUUACUGGAAAGCCUUCUGGUGCAAUAUCUGGAGUACAGAAAGCAGAAAAUGGACCAAUUGACUGGAGUGGAGACAUGCCUGUUUCUUGUAGUCUUUCUCGGGGUCUUCAAGUUCUGCUUACUCCUGUUCUUGCAAACAUCCUUGAGGCAGAUCAGGAAAAGUGUUGGGGUUUUGACCAGUUUUUUGCAGAAACUAGUGAUAUACUUCACCGGAUGAUAGUUCAUGUUUUUUCACUACAACAAAUGACAGCUCAUAAAAUUUAUAUUCAUGGCUAUAAUACUGCUACUGUAUUUCAUGAACUGGUAUAUAAACAAACCAAAAUUAUUUCUUCAAAUCAAGAGCUUAUAUAUGAAGGACGACGUUUAGUUCUAGAACCUGGAAGACUGGCACAGCAUUUCCCUAAAACUUCUGAGGAAAACCCUAUCUUCGUAGUAAGCCGGGAACCUCUGAGUACCAUAGGAUUGAUAUAUGAAAAAAUUUCCCUCCCUAAAGUACAUCCACGUUAUGAUUUAGAUGGGGAUGCCAGCAUGGCUAAGGCAAUGACAGGAGUUGUGUGUUAUGCCUGUAGAAUUGCCAGUACCUUGCUGCUUUAUCAGGAAUUAAUGCGGAAGGGGAUACGAUGGUUGAUAGAAUUAGUUAAAGAUGACUAUAAUGAAACUGUUCACAAAAAGACAGAAGUUGUGAUCACGUUGGAUUUCUGCAUCAGAAACAUUGAAAAAACUAUGAAAGUAUAUGAAAAGUUGAUGAAGAUCAACAUAGAAGCAGCAGAGUUAGGUGAAAUUUCAGACAUACGCACCAAGCUGUUGAGACUUUCCAGUUCUCAGGGAACAAUAGAAACCAGUCUCCAGGAUAUUGAAAGCAAAUUGUCUCCAGGUGGAUUACUUGCCGAUACAUGGACCCAUCAAGAAGGCACUCAUCCCAAAGAUAGACAUGUAGAAAAGCUACAAGUCCUGUUAAAUUGCAUCACAGAGAUUUACUAUCAGUUCAAAAAAGACAAAGCAGAACGUAGACUAGCUUAUAAUGAAGAACAAAUCCACAAAUUUGAUAAGCAAAAACUGUAUUAUCAUGCAACAAAAGCUAUGACCCACUUUACGGAUGAAUGUGUUAAAAAGUAUGAGGCUUUCUUGGAUAAGUCAGAAGAAUGGAUGAGAAAGAUGCUUCACCUUAGGAAACAGUUAUUAUCCCUAACUAAUCAGUGUUUUGAUAUUGAAGAAGAAGUAUCGAAGUAUCAAGACUAUACUAAUGAGUUACAAGAAACUUUGCCACAGAAAAUGUUCGCAGCCUCCAGUGGAAUCAAACAUACCAUGACCCCAAUUUAUCCAUGUUCUAACACAUUAGUAGAAAUGACUCUUGGUAUGAAGAAAUUAAAGGAAGAAAUGGAAGGAGUAGUUAAAGAACUUGCUGAAAAUAAUCAUAUUUUAGAAAGGUUUGGCUCAUUAACCAUGGACGGCGGCCUCCGCAAUGUCGACUGUCUUUAGCUUUAUAAGAAGUCUGAGGCAGGUUUCAGUUUGCACAAGAAAAUAAUGUCGAGGCAUUAAAUGAAUGCCUGUAUAGGUGGUCUUUUGUUUCUAUAUUUCACUAUUUGAUGUGGUCAUGUAAAUAUGUAUAAUAUUGUAAAUACAUAAAAAUAUAUAAAUUUUUGGCUGCUGUUAAGAUGUAAUUUUACCUUUUAACAUUCAUAAUUAUAUGAGGACAUUUGACCUCAGUUAGCACUUAGAAGAAAGCCAUGACCAAUAUUCUGAGAUACUGAUGGUCGACUUUUCUGAGUAAGGCCAACUAACUCAUGUAUCUCCGACUGCCUGCUGAAACCAUUUUUAAGUGGAACCAAAAUUGGCAUCCUUACAAAUCACUAAAGGCUGAUUGUUGAUAUGUUUGUAAGUGACAGAAUGGUGAGAUAGCUUCUGUGAGUGGAGAGCAGAACCGAACCACUGUUGUAACUAGGAUCCCAGUUUUUUUGAGAAGGAUAAAGUGGCAUUAUCCCAGUUAUCUUCCUAUCUGUUUAAUUUCAGAUAAAUUACUGAGCAAAAUUUUUAAAGUGAUGAAUUAUUAAAAACUGUUCAUUUUUUAUUUUGGCCAUAAAUGUAUAAUUGUCAUAAAAAUUUUAGGAUCAUUUCAACUGUUUUAGGCUGUACAUUUCUUCUUUACUUUAAUUCUGCUUACUAUUUCAUGAAGAAAUAUCAAUAAAUUUCUUGAUUUUAAUGUAA